AACGGCGUCGCUUCCCCCCCCCCCCAAGCCAAAGCAUUAGCCACAGGCACGCAACAUGACGACGCUGACCGUGGUCAUGCUCACGCUGGCCGUGGCGAUGGUUACACUGGCGGUGUCGGCGUCGGCACAGCGGCCACCGCGGACCGACAUCGGCGCGCUGAUCACAGGCGCAGGCUACCCGCUGGAGGAGCACUACGUGACGACGGCGGAUGGCUACAAGCUGCUGAUGCAGCGGAUUCCACGCAAGGGCGCAAAGGCGGUGUACCUGCAGCACGGGCUGGUCGACUCGGCGGCGACGUGGCUGGUCAACGAACCCAACGAGUCGCUCGGCUUCAUCCUCUAUGACGCUGGCUACGAUGUGUGGUUUGGCAACGCGCGCGGGAACGGGCAGAGCUGGGAGGGCCCGCCGGGCUGCGACCCGUCGGAGGCCUGCUUCUGGGCCUUCUCCUGGGAUCAGAUGGCGAGCCUGGACAUGCCGGCCAUGGUCGCCUACGUCCGCGCCACUACCGGCUCGGGCAAGAUCGGCUACAUUGGGCACUCGCAGGGCACCAUGAUGGCGUUUGCCGGGCUCGAGCCCGGCGACGCCGCCUCCAUUGCUGUUGUCGCCGCCCUCGCCCCUGUUGCCCGCGUCUACCACGUCGACCUCGGCCCGUUCAAGCUCGUGGCUGACCUGCCGACAAAGUGGGUGUACGAGAUUCUCGGCCACGGCGAGUUUAACCUCGAUCCGGCGACCGUCUCCAAGCUGCUGCCGGCGGUGUGCGAGGUGGAAAAGUCGCUCUGCAACGAGAUCGUGUGCCUUGUCGCCGGCUGCGACUCGGCCAACCUCAACAAGACCCGCUUCGAUGUCCUCUUUGAGUACUUCCCGUCGCCGACCUCGGUCCAGGACAUCAUCCACUUUAAGCAGGGCGUGAAUACCGAGACCUUCCAGGCCUAUGACUACGGCUCGGUCUCCGCCAACGUUGCCCACUACAACCGCACCACCCCUCCGCUCUACAACCUCGCCGCCUUUGCCGGCAAGGUCGGCCUCUUCUCUGGCGGCCGUGACAAGCUGGCGGACCCCACAGACGUUGCCUGGCUCAAGUCGCAGCUCCCACUCGACGCCGUUGUCAUGGACAAGAUCUACCCCAAUCUUGGCCACGCCGACUUUGUGUGGGGCCUCAACGCCCACACGCUUGUCUACCCGGACGUCCUCGCCCUCCUCAAAGCUGCCGACUGGGAGUAGAGCUCCCGCUCCCGCUACAACCGCUACUGCUAGC